AUGGCCCUGGAACAGAGGCUGUUCAUCACUAUGUCCCGGACAGCAGGCCGUCUCCAGUGCACACUGCAGGCUCUUGUCUUCCUCGGUGUCCUAGUGGGCAUGGUAGUGCCUUUGCCGGCAGGCACCCGCGCCAACAGCACACUGCUGGACUCCAGGGGCUGGAGCAAACUGCUGUCCAGGUCUCGUGCGGGGCUGGCUGGAGAGAUCACUGGAGUGAACUGGGAAAACGGCUAUUUAGUGGGGAUCAAGCGACAGCGGCGACUCUACUGCAACGUGGGCAUUGGCUUCCACCUCCAGGUGCCCAUCAACGGCAAGAUCAGUGGAGCCCAUGAAGAGAACCCCUACAGCCUGCUGGAAAUUUCCACAGUGGAACAAGGAGUGGUGAGUCUCUUUGGAGUGAGAAGUGCCCUCUUUGUUGCUAUGAACAGGAAAGGAAGAUUAUACGCAACGCCCAGCUUCCAAGAUGAAUGCAAGUUCAGAGAAAUCAUUCUGCCCAACAAUUACAAUGCCUACGAGUCAGACUUGUACCGAGGGACCUACAUUGCACUGAGCAAAUAUGGACGGGUAAAGCGGGGCAACAAAGUGUCCCCAGUGAUGACCGCCACUCACUUCCUGCCCAGGAUAUAAAGGCCCAUGAACGAAAGUUCACCGAUGGAAUUUUGCACGAGCGAACAAUCCCCCUAUCUCCCCUGGCUUCUCAGUCAGACUUGUCUUGUGCCUGGGGAGACCUGAGUUGGUUUCCUUGGCUGCUGAACCCCAUGGCA